UACUGGUGGGGUGGUGGAAGAGGGAGGGGUGGCCACAGUCUGCUCCUGCAUCAUCUCCCCCAGAGCUGUGGACCGCACCAUUGCUGUAAUGGCAAAAACGGCCUCUCUCACUGCUACUGCUGAUGUGGAUUAUACACCCGUUGUCAUCAUGAGACUGAGUCUGAACGGAACUCGCAGAACUGAGUGUUUCGAAAUUCAGACCUUUGACAAUGACGGACCCAACUAUCCACUAGAGUUUAAGGUGCGGCUUGGGGUCAGUGGUCAAGCUAACAUCCAACAGGAACGUGAUUCAGUGACAGUGACAAUAACUGAUGAUGAUGGUACUCCCCUUGCCCCUGUAAUAACUGACAUCAAAUUGCUGGAGUCAGACAGAGAUGAUGGCCAGAGCAAGUCCUACAACUUGACCUUUUCCUGGAAGGUGACUCUUGAUGAACUGAGACCAGUUGACUUUUUCACGGGGACACUCACGCUCCGUGGUGUCAGAGACACAAACUCUAGUAGUGAUGGUGACGGGAAAUCCAAUUCAAAGUCUUACAACUUCACAGUAGACGGAAACACUACCACGGAGUAUACUGUGGUGGGCGUGGAGCCGGCCUCAGAGUACACCGUGACAGUUUGUGCAUGGAACAGUCGUGGAUCAAACUGUAGUCUCCCGGGGACCCACUCAUCCAAAGUGGGCGGAGUUAAGGAGGACGAAGAGGAUGACGGACUCCCAGCUGGUGUGAUAGUGUCCAUCGUACUGCUGGUGGUGUUUGUCCUGGUCUGCUGCUGCCUCUGCUGUCUCUGUUUCUGUCUCUUCUGCUGCAAAUUCAAACUCAGCGACUGGAUCUCCUAUCGCCCUGAGAAAAGAGAAAAGAAAUAUGCAGCAGAGUAUAAAAGCUACCGAGAGUGCCACACCUGGCAGGGAGGGUAUAAGACCCAGAGCUAUCACACCUGGCAGGGAGAGAUUGACAGUGACUUUGACUCUGACCUUGGAGAUGAAGUUUAGCAUUACCAAUGACCAAGUAGUAUUAAGUUUUUAAACUCGUUUUUAAUGCACAUAAAAAAUGCACACUGACUCUUUUUAUUCCUGUGACAGUUUUUCUUAGCUGUAUCAUUACAUCAUGUGGCUUUGCAUAACUGUGUCCAGCAAAAGUCGAU